AUGGCACAGGACAACUUCUCCCGGGUGACUGAAUUCAUCCUCCUGGGGCUCUCCGACACCCAGGAGCUGCAACUCCUCUUCUUCACCUUCUUCCUCCUGGCCUACGCCAUGGUCCUGCUGGGCAACCUCCUCAUCAUCGUGACAGUCAGGACCGACCCCAAGCUCUCCUCGCCCAUGUACUUCCUCCUCUGCAAUCUGUCCUUCAUCGACAUCUGCUACACCUCUGUCACCACCCCCAGGGCGCUGGUGGCCCUGCUCUCAGGGCACAAGGCCAUUGCCUUUGAGGGCUGCAUGGCCCAGCUGUUUUUCCUGCACUUUGUGGGUUCCUCGGAGAUGUUCCUCCUGACGGUGAUGGCGUUCGACCGCUACACGGCCAUCUGCAGGCCCCUGCACUACACGGCCAUCAUGGCCCGCGGGGCCUGCUGGGCCCUGGUCGCUGCCUGCUGGGUCGGGGGCUUUAUCCACUCCAUCGUCCAGACCGUGCUCAUGCUCCAGCUGCCUUUUUGCGGCCCCAACACCAUCCACAGCUACUUCUGUGACGUGCUGCCCGUCAUCCGCUUGGCCUGCGCCGACACCACCCUCACCGAGUGGCUCAUGGCCUCCAACAGCGGCCUCAUAUCCCUGGGCUGCUUCCUGGUGCUGGUGGCCUCCUACGCGCUCAUCCUGGCCAAGGUCUGGGCCCACGUCUCCCAGGGGCACUGGAAGACGCUGUCCACCUGCGGCUCGCACGUGAUGGCCGUCACCCUGCUCUUCAUGCCCUGCAUCUUCACCUACCUGCGGCCCGCUGGGACCUUGCCCACCAGCAAGUACGUCUGCGUCAUCUACACCAUCUUCUCACCCAUGAUGAACCCCCUCAUCUACACCCUGAGGAGCAGUGAGAUGAAGGAAUCCAUGUGGAGGCUGCGGAAGCUCUGCAGAGCCUUCUGA